AUUGCCUUUUCCAUGUUUGGUGUCUAUGUGCUGAUUGAUGACAAGAACGUCCUAGAUGCCCAGAAGGUCUUUGUCUCCAUGGCUCUCAUCAACAUUCUGAAGACCCCACUGAGCCAGCUACCCUUUGCCAUGAGCACUACCAUGCAGGCCAUUGUCUCGCUGAAGCGCUUAGGGAAAUACCUGUGUUCUGAGGAGCUGAAAGACGACAAUGUAGCCAAGGCCCCUUUGAGUACUGAUGGGGAAGGUGUGUUGAUAGACAAUGGAACGUUCAGUUGGACUAAAGAAGGUCCUCCGUGCCUUAAAAGGAUUAAUGUGCGUGUACCCCAGGGUUCACUGGUGGCGGUGGUGGGCCAUGUGGGUAGCGGGAAGUCCUCCCUGCUGUCUGCCAUGCUUGGAGAGACAGAGAAGAGGAGCGGCAGUGUCUCAAUUAAGGGCUCAGUGGCCUAUGUCCCUCAGCAGGCCUGGAUCCAGAAUGCCACGGUCCAGGACAAUGUUAUGUUUGGUCGUGAGAAGCAGAACACCUGGUACCAGCGGGUGUUGGACGCCUGUGCUCUGCUGCCUGACCUGGAGAUCCUGCCUGCUGGAGACUCCACAGAGAUUGGGGAGAAGGGUCUGAACCUCUCGGGUGGUCAGAAGCAGAGGGUGAGCCUGGCAAGGGCUGUGUACAGGAAGGCUGACGUCUAUCUGCUGGAUGACCCCCUGUCUGCUGUGGAUGCUCAUGUGGGGCAACACAUCUUCGACAAAGUCAUCGGACCCAAGGGAGUGCUAAGAGAUAAGACCCGUGUCCUAGUAACCCAUGGGAUGAGCUUCCUGCCUCAGGCGGACCUCAUCCUGGUGCUGGUGGACGGGGAGAUCACAGAGAGUGGCUCCUACCAGGAGUUGCUGAGCCGCCACGGGGCCUUUGCAGACUUCAUCCAUACCUUCGCCAGCAACGACCGUAAAGAGAGUGUCACAGAGACCGCCGCACAGAGAGGUGCCAGGAGGGCCAGCUCACGGCUGAGUGUGACAGACUUCAUGCCAUUCUCAAGAGAUCUAUCCCAAGAGCAGCUCAUUGGGGGAGACACCAACAGUACUAACCUGCAGGGUAUGGAGCCCAUGUCUGAGAUAGAAGAGGAGCAGGUUCCUGAGGACUUGGGAAAGCUGAUGGAGGUUGACAAGGCACGCACUGGGAGGGUGAGGCUGGAGAUGUACAUGGAGUACUUCAAGACCAUCGGCAUGGCCUUCAUCAUCCCCAUCGUCUUCCUGUACGCCUUCCAGCAGGGGGCCUCGCUGGCCUACAACUACUGGCUGAGCCUGUGGGCCGACGAACCCAUCGUCAACGGCACCCAGGUCGACACGGACAUGAAGCUGGCCGUCUACGGGGCUCUGGGCUUCGCACAAGGAAUCGCUAUUUUCGGCACCACGGUGGCCAUUUCGGUCGGAGGUAUCAUCGCGUCCCGGCACCUCCACAUGGACCUCCUGAAGAACGUUCUCCACUCCCCCAUGUCUUUCUUUGAGACCACCCCCAGUGGGAACCUCCUAAACCGUUUUGCCAAGGAGAUCGACGCUAUCGACUGCAUGAUCCCCGACGGCCUCAAGAUGAUGCUGGGGUACCUCUUCAAGCUGAUGGAAGUCUGUAUCAUCGUCAUGCUGGCUACACCUUUUGCGGCGGUCGUCAUCCUGCCCCUCGCCAUUCUCUACGCCUUCGUUCAGAGUUUCUACGUGGCCACAUCCUGCCAGCUGCGGAGGCUGGAGUCGGUGAGCCGCUCGCCCAUCUACACCCACUUCAACGAGACGGUGCAGGGAGCCAGUGUCAUACGGGCCUUCGGAGAACAGCACCGCUUCAUUGUGCAGGCUAACAAGAGGGUCGACUUCAACCAGACCUCCUACUUCCCCCGCUUUGUGGCCACCAGGUGGUUGGCAGUUAAUCUUGAGUUUGUCGGUAACGGUGUGGUUUUAGCCGCAGCUAUACUCUCAGUGAUGGGGAAAGACACCCUGAGCCCUGGCAUUGUUGGUUUGGCUGUGUCACACUCCCUCCAGGUGACCGGCAUUCUGAGCUGGAUUGUGAGAUCAUGGACAGACGUAGAGAACAACAUUGUGUCUGUUGAGAGGGUGAAGGAGUAUGCUGACACUGCAAAAGAGGCUGGGUGGACCGUGGAGGGCAGUUCCCUGCCUCUGGCCUGGCCUCAGACUGGCACUAUAGAGUUCCAAGACUAUGGACUGCAGUACCGCAAGGGCCUGGACUGGGCACUGAAAGGCAUCACCCUGAAAAUCCAGGAGAGAGAAAAGGUUGGCAUUGUGGGCAGAACCGGAGCUGGAAAGUCUUCCCUUGCCCUGGGGAUCUUCAGAAUCCUAGAGGCAGCCAAGGGAGAGAUCUACAUCGAUGGAGUCAACAUCGCAGAGAUCGGACUCCACGACCUCAGAUCCCGCAUUACCAUCAUCCCACAGGACCCUGUGUUGUUCUCCGGCACUCUGCGUAUGAACCUUGACCCCUUCGACACGUAUACUGACGAGGAAAUAUGGAGUUCGCUAGAGCUUGCUCACCUCAAGAACUUUGUGUCCAACCUGCCUGACAAACUGAAUUAUGAGUGCUCGGAAGGAGGAGAGAACCUCAGUCUGGGUCAGCGCCAGCUGGUCUGCCUGGCCCGCGCUCUCCUCCGUAAGACCAAGAUCCUGGUUCUCGACGAGGCCACGGCCGCUGUGGACCUGGAGACAGACACCCUGAUCCAGUCCACCAUCAGACAACAGUUUGAGGACUGCACCGUGCUCACCAUCGCCCACCGCCUCAACACCAUCAUGGACUAUACCAGAGUGAUAGUGAUGGACAAAGGCCACAUCUCGGAGAUGGACUCCCCAACCAACCUCAUCUCAAACAGGGGACAGUUCUACCGUAUGUGCCGAGAGGCUGGGCUAGUCUAAAAGCUACCCAGCUCCGAGGUGGCUCUGGCCAGAGGAAAAUUCUGAUGGCCCUGGCUCUUCCAAACCAACACAUGUAGAAUCGGCAAUUCCAAGCUCCACGAUCCAGGCAGUUCAAACUCUUCCUGAGAGCAAUGCUUUUAGAACGACCCGGAACUGAAGUCGAUGUAAACCAAAGAUGACCCAGAAGCGUAGCUGAUGACGAUUUAGUGAACAGUAUGUGCUCUCUGGUCACAAUAAAGACAUGAAACCUACGCACACUCAAACUGGUGCUCGGAAGGGGAAAGAGACAUCAAGCCCCGAUCUCAAAGACUGUGAUUUAUGAAGCUAUUAUUGGACGCAGAUGGGUUGUUGCUUGGCAAACAUUUUAAAUAUUGUAUAUAGGCUGUGCCAAUGAAACUUAUGGAGAUGAAAGUCAGACUGAGUGCAAAAUCCAAAGGACUUUGGUUCAGUCUCUGAAUGUGAACCAAAUUAUUUUUGUACAUCUGCUACAUUUUAUGAAGCAUCUUUUUGAAGAACACCUGGGUACCUUUGAUGUUGAGUUGAAAUCUCAGGCAACCAAAUCCGACUAUUUAGUUCAUAUCAGUGAUGGUAACUGACAUUUGGUUCUUCCUCCAACAGGACCCCGUGUUAUCAUGUCAUCAGACAGAAAAAAAAGUUUAUAAUGAAUUCAUAUCUAUUCUCAUACCAUCCAACCACAGGGUAAGUCUAGAGAAAGUGGAGCAAUAUUCUCUGACCGACCACUAGCCUUAAAGGGCUGACCCUGUAAAACCCAGAAAACACAAAGCUUUUCACAGUCAUCAAUCUAAAAUGGAACCCUAUUCCACAGAAUAUAGUGCACUUUCUUAGGUUUUGUACUAUAUAGGGAAUAGGGUGCCAUUUCAGACGCACUCAGUCUGAUUCCUACCCAGCCAUUUCAGUGUUUUAUGAGUCUGGUCAAAGAAGAAAACACUGCAGCGAGCCAAGGUGCUUAGCUAGCCUAGCGUCCAACUGUUCUGCGGUAUUUGUAUAUUUCAGUCUUAGUAAACACAAAUUGGUCAAUAGAAUCUGUAUGGUCGGGUAUGUAGGCCUAAAAACCUGGACGUUCAACUGUUACAGUGGUGACGGGAAACCCGACAGGAAUGAAGAGAACGCCUUUUCAAAACAAUGGACAAAAUGUGUUAAAAAAAAGUUUCUCUACUUUACAUCUACCAGUCGUUCCACCUACACACAGACACGCGUGCAUGAACACACACACCCUAAUUCUCAAAGCUAUGGGUGCGACACACGUGCAGGCACACAGACCACCUAAUUCUCAAAGCUAUGGGUGACAUAUUGAGGUAACAGACUCUCAUCACAUACCAUUCAAUGUUAGUGUUAUUAUUCCUUUGGUUCCAGUUAUGACUGACUGUAAAUAGACAUUCCUUCCUGUUUAUAUCUAUAACAUGGACUUUUCCAAAAGAAGUCAAAAGAUCUUAAUAUUUUUGUCUUACUGGUUUAGACAAUAUGCUAAGAAGAAACUACAAUAUUUAUGUGAUAUAAUGAACAUGUAAGUUGCCUUCAAAUUCUAAGAGAUUGUAUUAUAUUUAUACUUUUUGUAUUCAAUCUGUUAAUUUUUUGAUUGAACAUUUUACUGUGCAAUAAUUCAUGCUGGAAAUAAUAAAACUGUUUUGAAAAUAA